AUGGUCACCGAAGCCAUCACUGAGGCCACCACAGCCGAAGCCGUGAAAAAGUCAGCAGCCACCAUGCGGCAAAUGAAUGUGGUGGCCCCGCAAACACCGACAAAAACAAGCCAACUCCAGGAGAAGAAGCCAGAGGGAAACCACAAGGCCACCACCACUACCAUGCACCAUGUGGAUGUCGAGUCCUUAUCCAAGACUGACGAGAAGGAGGAAGAAAUACACAGACUCCAGUUGAAACAGUAUAGCCGGGAGAGGAGAAAACGCCCAGUUAAUAAAACCAUGCAAGAUCUUCUUCCAGGUUCUCUGCACAUCCCCGAGCAAGCAAAGCCUUCAGAAACAACCGUAAUCUGGAAACAAACCCAGCCUCCAUCUGGUUUUCCAUCUGGUCUGGAAUACUUAAGACAGUUGGAUCAGAUCAUAAUUCACCAGCAAGUGGAACUUCUUCAAGUUAUACUCGGCACUGAAACCUGCAGUAAAUAUGAGAUAAAAAAUCACAUGGGGCAAAGACUUUAUUAUGCUGUGGAAGAAAAUGGUUUCUUUGAUCGGAACUUCUGUGCACCAUUACGGUCUUUCACCAUAAGAAUCACAGACAAUACUGGUCAAGAAGUGAUCACUGUGAAUAGACCUUUAAGAUGCAGUAGCUGUUGGUUUCCAUGCUAUCUUCAACAGUUAGAAGUUCAGUCACCUCCUGGAACCACGAUUGGCUAUGUUGUGCAGAAAUGGGACCCCCUGCUACCAAUAUUUACAAUCAGGAAUGGGAAUGAUGAAGAUGUGUUGAAGAUCACAGGUCCUUACAUCACAUGCGGUUGCUUUGGAGAUGUUGAUUUUGAGGUAAAAUCUUUAAACGAUAUGACAACUAUUGGCAAGAUUUCUAAGUAUUGGUCUGGAUUUGUCAAUAACAUAUUUACUAAUACAGCCAACUUUGGCAUUCAGAUUCCUGUGGACCUUGAUGUAAAAAUCAAAGCUGUGAUGAUCGGUGCUUGCUUUCUCCUAGACUUAAUGUUCUUUGAGAAUUCUUUGGAUGGAUUGUAACAAGCAAGAUGAUAGGAAUAAUAAAAUAUGCAAACGACAUUUCACGGUCCCAUGAGCACUGGAUAUUACCUUUGAACUGUACAAUCUGAUUUUUGGGGGUAAGGGGAGGGGGCAAUAAUCAUGAUUAUUAAACUAUAGCUU